CCCUAGGGGGUGGGUGUUUGAGUGAUACACGAUAAUAGCUAGGCAUAUUUUCGUGUAAUUGCAAUUUCAACGCAUCCCCUCGAGGAAUACAUUAGCCCAGCGGACGGUGACCGUAUAAAGGCUAGUGGCACUACUGCAGCUGCAGAAGUUGAGGUUGAAGGAAGAUAAUUUCCUUCCUUCAUGAAUUGGAGUCUUGGACUGUGUGGUAUUCUAGGGUUACUGCUCCAUAAUGCAUCGGCGGAUGCAGCACCAGAGAUUUCUGAAGGUCUUUCCUUGCUGCAGCACAGAGGACAGGAUGCAUGUGGCAUCGAUGAGAAGGCCAUCGCAAAAUUAAUUGGAGGUAUGGGUGUUGGCCAUGUUCGUUACCCAACUGCUGGUAGCUCGGACCACGCCGAAGCACAGCCGUUUUACGUUAAUUCACCGUAUGGUAUUGUAUUCGCCCACAAUGGGAACCUCAUAGACAGUCCUUCGCUCUUGCAAUAUAUGGAUGCCACCGCACACAGACAUAUAAACACUUCAUCUGAUUCGGAACUUUUACUCAACCUUUUCGCGGACAAUCUCCAGAAGACAGGCAAAUUCCGUAUCAAUGAAGAUGACAUUUUCACUGCCAUAGGAGGUCUGAUGAGGCAGUGCAAAGGCGCAUAUGCGUGUGUCGCAAUGCUUGCUGGCUUCGGUAUCAUUGCAUUCAGAGAUCCGAAUGGCAUAAGACCAGUUGGCAUGGCUUCCAGAAGGACCAAUACUGGAAGAGACUACCUCUUUGCAAGCGAGAGCAUUGUCGCUGAUGCUUUGGGCUUUAGUGAAUGGGAGGAUGUGAAGCCUGGCGAAGCAGUGAUCAUCACUCGCUCAGGGGUUUCCAAGAAACAAGUUGCAGCUCAUGCGACCUUUGCACCAGAUAUUUUUGAAUUUGUCUACUUCGCUCGCCCUGAUUCUGUGCUUGACGGCAUCAGCGUUUACCGCAGUCGAAUGGCUAUGGGCGAUGCGCUUGCUGUUGAAGUUGAGAGGGUUUUGAAGGAGCGUGGCAUCACAGUGGAUGUCGUCAUCCCAGUUCCUGAUACGUCUCGUGUUGCAGCUUUGAACCUUGCUCAGAAACUCAACUUACCUUACCGAGAGGCCUUAAUCAAGAAUCGCUAUGUUGGCAGGACAUUCAUUAUGCCAGGUCAACAGAUGAGACGGAAGAAUGUCAGGAGGAAAUUGAACGCCAUGGCCUUGGAGUUCUCUGGGAAGAAUGUUCUCCUUGUUGAUGAUUCCAUCGUUCGCGGCACCACCUCAGAAGAGAUUAUCCAGAUGGCAAAGGAUGUCGGCGCAAAAAAGGUCAUCAUCGCGAGCUGCGCCCCGCCUAUACGGCACUCGAAUGUCUAUGGCAUCGAUAUGCCAUCAAGGACAGAGCUCGUUGCAUAUGGACGCAACACUGAAGAGAUAGCCGAGGCCAUUGGGGCAGAUCUUGUCGUGUUUCAGACUCUUCCCGACCUCAUCGCAUCUGUGCGACAGUUCAACCCAUCUAUUUCGACAUUUGAUUGUUCCGUAUUCACAGGAGAGUACGUUACCGGUGGUGUCAAUGAGGACUAUUUGCACCGAUUGGAGUCGCUUCGUGGAGACAACGUCAAAAACAAGGUGGCAGUGAACUUGCGGGAAGGCCAAAGUGAGGGCGAUAGGGUCAACGGAUUCCACACUCGAGUGAACCUGGUGGCAUCCGGCGGUCCGAUCAACGGCGCGGACGAUACAGUCGGCUUGCACAAUACUUGGAAUAUUAGUUGAUAGUUACCCUGGUUUCUUUUUCUUCAGUAAACACCGAGUAGAGUACAAUAUAUUCCCUGUCUCAUAGAUAGAUAAAUAAAUAGAUUGUGUUGCCUAG